GCGUGUAAUCUCGCGAUACUCGGAGUGGAGCACGAGCAGUACAGAUGAGUGUGAUGUUCCACUGAAAGCUGCUUAGUCGAGCGUUUGUCGCUUCCUUGAGCGAUGCGAGCUAUCGAAUCCUAAUCAUCAGCAUGAACUGUAAGUAACCGCGUCCAGUUAAACGAAAAUGUCAGUAAUGGAGGUGAAUUCGGGCUGUCCGUCUCCUAAAGAGGAGGGUGAGCUGGAGGACGGGGAAAUCUUCGACGACGAGCCGCAGCGGCAGCGGCAGAACGCGCGGCCUCCGCGACGCGCCCGCCCCAGCCGGCCCAUGAUGAACAAGAGACCGCGUUUACCGGGACCCAUGCUCAACAACAGCGCCCCGGUGCCGCUGAGAGCCGUUCACCCGCCCUUCCCCUCCGGCCUCCGGCAGGGCUCCGGCUUCUGGGAGCGCAGUCACGGCGCGCUGGGCCGCUUCAGAUACCGCGCUCACCGAGCGUCAGACUGGAACCGAGACUGGACGGAGCGCUUCGCGGAGAAUCACGGCUGCAGAACCGACUCACCGAACAGGAAACAGAAAGCGGGCGGCAGAUGUCAGAUGCGGAGGGUGGUGACCAGCGUCCCUAAAGCAGAGAGCAUGGACGAGAGCUUCGAGGAUCUGCUGCUGAAGUACAAACAGAUCCAGCUGGAGCUCGAAUGCAUCCGCAAGGAGGAGCGGAUGGCCCUGAAGGAGGAGGACGAGCCGGCUCCCGCUGACCCCGUCCCGCCGCCCGAGGUGCUGGAGGAGCCCGUCUCUGCUGUGAAGGAGGAGAAGAAGGUGUUUCAGGCGUUCAACAUCAGACCGCUGAGACAGAAGCUGCUGACGCCCUCCGACCGAGACGCUCUCAACAGCAGAGCCGCACAGGAAGUGCAGAGAGCGGACGGGGACGCGGCGGAGAAGACCGGCAAUCACGACGACGCUGUGAAGGACGAGGAGUCCGAGUCAGACCUCAACAUCUCUGCAGUGAGUGACGACGCUCCGGUCGUCCACAAGAAGGAGGACGAGGACGACCUGUCGGAGCUGCAGCUGCGUCUCCUCGCUCUGCAGUCGGCCAGCAGGAAGUGGCAGCAGAAGGAGCAGCAGGUCCUGAAGGAGAGCAAGGAGAAGAUCACCAAAGCUCAGGACAAGAGCGAGUCUCCGUGCGACAGGAACAAGAUGAGCGGGAACCGAGGGACGGCUGUGUGCAGGCUGCAGGAGCGAGCGAGACCGGACAAGAGCAGGGCGAGGAAGCCGGCGCACAUGACCAAGCAGGCGUGGAGGAAGCAGCAGCUGCGCACCUGGAAACUGCAGCAGCAGAGACAGCAGGAGGAGCAGAGGAACAAGCAAGAGGAAGAGGAGGAGAGGAGGAAGAGAGAGGACGAGAUCCGCAAGAUCAGAGACCUGUCCAACCAGGACGAGCAGUACAACCGCUUCAUGAAGCUGGUGGGCUCCAGACAUCGCUCCCGCAGCAAGUCUUCAGAUGCUGAUCAGAGGAAGCUGGUCAAGCAGAGUCUGGACACCUCCGGGAAUCUCUACCAGUACGACAACUACGACGAGGUGGCCAUGGACACGGACAGCGAGACCAGCUCUCCAGCCACGUCACCGACACACGACGCGCUGCCCAUGUUUCCUCUGGAGUCCACACCUCUCAGACAGGGUCUCUGGGUGAAGGGUGUGGGGCAGCUCCACCUGCAGCAGAUGGAGUUUGUGCGCUCGACUCCUCCCCCUCUGCCUCCGCUGCCGCCCCCUGAUGAAGCCGAGCAGCCGCCGAAGCCUCCGUUCGCUGACGAGGAGGAGGAGGAGGAGAUGCUGCUGAGAGAGGAGCUGCUGAAGUCCUUGGCCAGCAAGCGAGCGGUUCGAGCAGAGGACGCGUCCAGCAGCAGCGGGCCGCCCUCGCCCGCUCUCAGACCCGUGCCUCCACCCAACACCAGGAGCAACCUCACGGCCGUCAGUCUCAACACCGUCAUCUCUCACGCACGGGCGCUCAAGUUCAUACGGGGACAGCCGGCUCCCAAAGCCCCGUUUGUGCUGCCGCGACACAAGACUGUGGUGGUGCGUCUGAACGCCUCUGACGACAGCGACUCUGACGCCGAGAGCUGCAGCCCCGCUCCCAGUGUGUUCGGAGGACUGGAGUCCAUGAUUAAAGAAGCUCGGAGGACGGUGGAGGCCGCCAAACCGAAGCAUUCGGUGUCCGAGAAGGAGAACAACCCGGUGAAGAGUGCAGAAGCACUUCCUGAUAGCAGGAAGAUGGAGUAUCGGCUGCUCCGAGACGACAUGGCCAGUCUGGAGAAGCAGAGGUCCGGCCGGCUGGAGGUGGUGGGCGUCCCGUCUCCCGCAGGCUCAGACUCGGACCUGGACGUCCUGGGAAGAGCAGCAGAUCUGCAGGAGAAGCUGAACCAGCACAAAACACAGCUGUGUAAAGACGAGGCUCUGCUGAAGCAGCUCUUGCAACAGGAAAUGAAGAAGAAAGAGUCUCUGAAAGCAGCCGAGGGCAAGGUGAGCCGACUGAAAGAGCAGCUGCUGGCGUCGGAGAAGAUCGUGAGCGCUAACAGAGUUCUGCUGAAGAAGCUGCAGGAGCAGGUUCAGAGAGUUCAGCACCGCGUGAGCGUGAAGAAGCAGCAGUCGCUGAAGCUGGAGAGAGAUCUGGUCCAGGCGCAGGCCGCUGCAGCUCCUGCUGUGCUCAAACGCAACACCUCUGCCUCCAUCUACUCCCCGGUGAAGGUGCGGCGCGUGGAUCGCUCAGAUGUGCAUUACGCAGAGCUCAUCGCGCAGAAGAAGCGCCUGCAGCAGCUGGAGACGGAGUACGCCCUCAAGAUCCAGAAACUGAAAGAGGCCCAGGCGUUACGACAAGCUGAGCCUCGGCCCGCCGCCCCACAGAUGCCCAGCGCCCUCUACCCGUUACCACAGCCCUCGCUGCACGACCUCACCCAGGACAAGCUGACCCUGUCCAGUGAGGACGCGGAGGGUGAGGAGGACGAGCAGCAGCAGCAGACGCCCACCACCCGCCGCCGCUCCUUCAGAGAGUCCGGCUCCUUCACCAAACCCAAACUGUGCCACCUGGAGACGGCCGCCGCUUCCCCCCUGCCGCUCAAACAGGCCAAAGCGUCGCCGGAGCUGCUGCUGGGGCUGAACGUGGAGGACCUGCGGCAGAGAUACCAGCUGUGUGCCGGGCUCCCUGAGCUGCUGCAGGAGGAGACACGCUCGCUCAGCACGACUCCUGGGAAGGUCGUGCAGGUGGACUUCGAUCCGAUGGCAGCUCAUCAGAGCCGAGCCGAGACCACCCCAGAAGUGUUCGGACCAUAUCACAGUCCUUUACUAGUCUUCAAAUCAUACAGGUUCAGCCCGUAUUACCGGACCAAAGAGAGGCUUUCUCUCCGCUCCGUGACCUACAGCAACCUCAUCGAGCCGAAGAAGUGCUUCUGUCGCUUUGAUCUGACCGGCACGUGUAACGAUGACGACUGCUCGUGGCAGCACAUGAGGGACUGCACCCUCACAGAGAGCCAGCUGUUUCAGGACGUCCUGUCCUACAGCCUGCCUCUGAUUGGCUGCUCCGACAGCAGCAGCUCCGCUGACAUCAGCAGCGCCACAGAGAAAUAUAUGAAGAAGCUGUUUGGGCCCAAUAAGGACCGGAUGGGGACGGACCAGAAGGCCGUGCUGCUCGUGAGCAAAGUCAACGAGAGAUUGAAACACAUUCCUCCCUUCACCACCUGUAAACCCCAGAGGAAGUGGAGGCCUGGCGCUCAGAAGGUGAAGACACCCGUACAGGAAGAUGAAGAGCUCAACCCUGUGGACGUGACGGUCCCCAUCUGUCACAACGGACGCGUGCAGGAGCGCUGGUCCUCGGCCGAUGUGUGCGUCACGCAGGAUGAUAAGAGGUACUUCGACAGCGAGACGGAUGACAUCAGUAACCUGGAGACCAGUGUGCUGGAGAGUCCCCACGACGUGCAGCUGUGGAUCAAACUGGCCUUCAAGUACCUCCACCAGAGGGACACCUCGGUGGCGGAGUGUCUGGACGCGGCGCUGAACACGCUGUCCCGUGCGCUGGAGGAUAACCGUGAGGACGCUGAGGUGUGGGGUCACUACCUGACGCUGUUCUCGCGGCGCGGCAGCAGAGAGGAGGUUCAGGAGAUGUGUGAGAUGGCCGUGGAGCAUGCGCCGCUCUAUGACGUCUGGUGGACGUACAUGAGCGUUGAGAGCGGCUUCGAGGGGAAGGAUUACGUGUGUGCUCGUCUGAUUUCACACCUGCUGGAGGAGUCACAUGACGUCAGGCCGGAUGUGCAGUCGUUCCAGCUGCUGGAGUCAGUGCUGUUCAGAGUUCAGCUCAGUGUGUUCAGCGGCCGCCAGCACAACGCUCUCAGCGUACUCCAGACUGCGCUGCUUUCGGGCUCUGAAUCGAGCGUUGCAGAUCAUCUGACUGUGGCGGACCGUUGUCUGCUGUGGCUGUCUUAUAUCCACCUGACUGAGUUCAGACGUCUACCUGCGUCUCUAUACGACCCCGCCAACUCCAACCCCUCCAGAAUCACCUGCACAGAUCCCUUCCUCAUUCCCUGGAGAACGGCCCAACAUCUCCGCACACCCGCUGAUGACAUCAUCGGCCUGUUCAGAGAUGCUGUGUGUGGCUGCACGGAUGAGCGAUUGUCUUCCAGUGAACAGAUUCAGGCCUGUUUCCCUCUGCACUCAAACCUCAUUCAUCUGUACAGGACGCUGGACAGAUGUCCAGAAGCUCUUGCGCUGUGUGAGCGUCUGCUGGCUGUGUGUCCGCUCUACUGCCCUCUGCUGGAGGUCACCGGGGAGCUGCACAUGUCCUCGGGACACACAGAGAAAGCUGAAGAGCUGUGGAGACGCGCUCAUUCUGACAGCCCCAGCUGCGCUCGCGUCUUCCUCCAGCUCUGCAAGUGUUUGCUCGCUCAGGGGAACGUCAGUGUUAUGGAAGAGCUCUUUGACCGGUUCAUGCACUCUUUCUGUGAAUCUGUGCAAGAUCAGCUCAAGUCGCUGGAUGUGUUACGCCAUAUUCUUGGUGUCCCCACUCAAGACUUGCUGAGAGUACCAGCUCUCAGAGAUGAUGUUCAGGAUGAGAUCCGAGCUCAGCGGCCGUACCUGCAUCUCCUGCACUGUUUCUGGCAGUCUACCUAUGGUGUUGUGAGAGAGGCCAUUGAUGCAUUUGAGAAAGCUUUGGGAACGAUUACAAAGCUGGACUUAAUUCACACCCUCUGGCUAGACUAUCUGUCCUUCGCCAGCAGUAAGAUGUUGGCUCCGCAGCCGAGUGUUCGCGAGCUGAAGAUGUUUACGGGUCUAGUUCACCGCUGUCUGGAGACUGUGCCGAGCAGACUCACCCUGCCCUUCAGCUCCUCACAAUACUGGAGCUGCUUCAGCUUCCAUAACAAGGUCAUAUCCUUCUAUUUGGGAUGUUUCCCUCAAUCCCAACAUUCCCUUAUCCUGGAAAGACUUCAACAUAUCAUGCCAACCAAUACUGAACUGGACAUAAGGUUGCUGCAGCAAGAAUGGCAGGAUGGCAAUGUUGAACAUUUUAAAUUGCAAAGCAGAAUGUUGUGCUGUAGCGUCCCAACCUGUCUGGCCAUCUGGAAAAUAGCUAUUGCUGUUGAGAAGGAACAAAGGCAAAGAGCAGAGGUGCGGCGGCUGUAUCAGCAGGCGCUCCAGAAACUGCCUCUGUCUGCUGCUCUCUGGAAAGAUUGUUUGCUCUUUGAGGCUGCUGAAGGAGGUAAAACUGACACACUGAAAAAAAUAAUUGACAAGUGCCAAGAGGUGGGAGUGAGUCUAAAUGAGCCGCUAGGGUUAGAGCCGAGCCAAAGCCAGUGACACGAGCAGCACAUUCCCACAAGAGUACAUGCUUCCAUUAGAGCACCAAACCUCCACAGAUACGCAGACACGCAUCUUAGCUUAGAGCCGAGUCAGUAUUACGAGCAGGAGUCCAGAGAAGACACAAUGAGCUACCCAUAAUCCAGUAUGUGGGCCUCUUUUAUCAUCAUGUACGUAAGUAUGAAUCUGUUGAUGAUGCCUGUUGCUUCCUGUUGUUUUUGAUUUGCGUGUUCCCAUUUGUACACUAACUUUUUUUAAUUUGAUUUGUAUUUUUCUUCAAUGUUGCGUCAUAGUUGUUGAUGGACUGUGACUGUUUUUAAGGUGGCUUGCUUCCUUCCUCUAAAUAUACAUAAAUUUAUUUAGUUUCUCAUGGUGUCUCAACCGUGUCUCAUGAAGAAUGACAUUAACUCAGCUUGAGAGUUUAAGGGCUCAGCACCAAGGGUUUUUUUUCUUCUUUUCUUCCUUUUUUUUUUUUUUUUUUUAAUCUGCUCCUUCUCCAACCAUGGAUUGAAAUGGCUGUUAUUGGAAGUAUUCUGUUUGGCUCACCAGUGUCAGAGUAUUGAUGGAAACUUCUCCAUAGACUGCCAAAUCUCGCCGACACUCAAUAUGUCUGUAGUCGUGGACUGCGCCAAAAGACAUCAGUAAACUGUUCAUGUAAUAUUGUUUCUUCACAAAUUAAAAAAAAAUCCAUGUGUGUAUGUUUUUGUGUGUGUGUGUGUGUGUGUGAGAGAACGCACACACACAUGCAUGUUGAUUAACGUAUUCUGCAGGAUUGAUAAUCUGACACCUGUUUUUCUUUCAAUUUAUAAUUGAACAAUGUUUCUAUUAAAUUAUUUUGUACAGAAA